AUGACAAAGAGCGACGAGACUGCGCCGCUUCUGCCUCUUCAUUCUAGUGCAGCGGCUCUCUCUCUCCCGCAAUCUCAACCUCCUUCUUUAUCUCGUAGUGUUCGGGCCAAUUGGUUCUCCCGUAUAACAUUUAGUUGGCUCGGUCCUUUGCUUCAUCUUGGCUCGUCUCAGCCGCUUGAAUUCCAAGAUUUAUGGCCAUUAGACGAUGCUGAUGAGACGUUACACGUGACCAACACUCUGCACGCCGUUACCACUAAAAACCACUCUUUAUGGCGUUCGAUUCGUCAGGCGUUUGGGGUUCACAUGUAUGUUGCAGGAAUGUGCAAAUUAUUUGGUGACUGUUUUGGGUUUGUGGGCCCUAUUUGUGUCAAUGCCUUAAUUCAAUACGUUCAAGAUCCCCGUCCCGUCUGGUUUGCUUCUGACCAUUAUCCUUAUAUCCUAAGUGGUAUAUUAUUUAUAGCUUCAAUCUUCCAGACUUUAUGUCUGCAUCAACAUCAUCAUUUGGUUAUUCGAGAAGGAAUUCGAGUCCGUUCGGCACUUACGAUGCUCGUAUACAACAAAUCACUUACAUUAUCGUCCCAAACCAAGAGUCAAGUGGGUGCCGGCCGAAUUUUAAAUUUGGCUACAAUUGACACGAAUCGGAUUUUGAAUUUGUUCAAUAUGAUCCAUUAUGUAUGGGCAUCUCCUAUUCAAUUGGCUAUUGGAAUGUUACUUUUAGUCCAUUAUCUUGGUACGGCCUCCUUAGCCGGUGUUUCUAUUAUGAUUCUUUUAUUACCAACAAGUGCGAUACUAUCGUCUCAGGCUGCCCAACUUUCCAAGAAAAUAUUGGAAUGUACGGACAAACGAUUGAAAUUUCUAACGGAAUUCUUGCAACAUAUUCGUGUCAUUAAAUUAUACGCAUGGGAGAGUGAGAUGCUUGAGCAAGUGAAUGCCAUUCGUGGAAAAGAGCUUCAGUGGUUGAAAAAAGCCAUUAUCUUGGUUGCGCAUGGACGAGCAAUGUUACAGGCGGGACCGGUCCUUGUGUCUUGUGGAACAUUUGCUGCUUAUUCGUAUAUUCAGAAAGAAUCUCUGACAGCUGACAAAGCCUUUACCGCAAUCACAUUGUUUAGUAUUUUUGGAAUGCCGCUUAUGGCAUUGCCACAAGUAGUUUCACUGAUUUUUCAAGCCAAAGUAUCGAUGAAACGAUUAGAGUCAUUUCUGAAUCUUGAAGGACAUGAACGCAGUACGACAUCACUUUCAGUCUCGCUCAUCUCAGAACCUUCGUUUGUGAUUCGACAUGCAACGUUCAAGUGGUCCAGUGAAGGGUGUGAAACGACCGAGACGGAGACUUUGAAAGAACCUUCUGGCAAAAUUGGUCUCCCUGCUCAGCUAUCGAAUGUCACCAUCUCUAUACCAAAAGGAAAGCUAACACUCAUUGUUGGUGCUGUUGGAAGCGGUAAAUCGACACUGCUAGCGGCAUUGUUGGGAGAGCUGCAACCUGAAUACGGCGUGGUUCGUAUUCCUUUAAGAGGCAUAUCAUAUGCUGCACAAACGCCGUACCUAAUUAAUGCUAGUGUUCAAGACAACAUCCUGUUUGGUGCUCCAUUGAAUACGGCUCGUCUACAUCGGGUUGUCAAGAGCUGUGAAUUGGAACAAGAACUCGUGCAUCUUCCGAAUGGAUUUCAGAGCGAGAUUGGUGAGUCCGGUGUCACGCUGAGUGGUGGGCAGAAACAACGCCUUUCGAUCGCACGGGCCGUGUAUUCAAAAGAGCAAGAGCUCUACGUGUUUGACGACUCACUAUCGGCGUUGGACGCUCAUGUUGCCACUCGCAUCUUUAAUCAAUGUUUUAACGAAUCGACAGACGGGCUUUUGGCUGGUUGCACGCGGGUUUUGAGCACCCACUCGCUGCAAUUUGCUCAUCUUGCCGACUGGAUCAUAGUGAUGGAUCAUAUGCGCGUCGCUGAGAUGGGAACGUUCCAGGACCUGACGGAAAUGACACCAAAUGGAAAACUAGCAACGAUGCUAAAGGCUUUUGAUCGUGCUGAUGAAUCGUCAACCAUCGAGCGUCAUUCUGGCGAUCAAGCCGAAGCCGUGGGCACCAUUACAUGCAAAUCACGGUCACAACGCUCGAAUGCCGAGGAUGAAACUGCUACUGGUUGCAGCGAGGUGCUGAUUCAAGAUGAGACAAAGUCCGAGGGAAAUUUAUCGUGGAGCGUAUACUCAUCUUAUUUCGUUUCCUGUGGCGCAAUAUCGACGGUCGGGGCGGCUGCACUCCUAAUUGCAACGCAAGUAUCGUCCGUAUCGACGGAUUUAUGGCUGACAAACUGGACGAGAAACCACCCAAGUGGGGCUGACUUGACAUUUUACCUCACGAUCUAUGCCUACCUUGGUCUAAGUACAAUCGUCCUUGGGUUUGUAGGAGGCCUUUGCUCCCAGUUCGCUGGACUCAGUGCAUCGAAACGAAUGCAUCAUGCGUUGUUGCACCACGUGAUUAAAGGAACGAUGCGUUUCUUUGAUACAACGCCUGUCGGUCGCAUUCUCAAUCGGUUUUCGAAUGACAUGAACACUAUUGACCAAAACUUGAACACUACCAUUGUACAAUUUUUUACGAUGCUGCUCGCACUGUUGAGCAUAUUGGCGAUUCAGAGCUCUACGGCUCCUAUGUUGCUGUUCCUUUUGGUUCCAGUAUUUGUCUGCUAUGUAUCGUACCAGCGAUUCUAUGGAAAGUCUUGUCGGGAGUUGCAACGCUUGGAUAACAUUUCUAAAAGCCCUGUGUACGCACAUUUCACGCAGACGCUCAAUGGAUUGGCAACUGUGCGGACUUUUGAAAUGAUUGAGCAGAGUCAGCGUACGCAAGCAUCAAAAAUCAAUGAGAACACCAAGGCCUUCCUGCUGCUAAAUCUAAUUAACCGCUGGCUGGGUGUUCGAUUAGAGUUUUUAGGCGCAGUGGUCACUUCUGCAGUCGCGUUCUUCGUCAGUCAUGACCACGCGGUACUUUCCAGUGCUAUGGCGGGCUUGCUACUAAGCUACUCGCAAAAUAUGACUUCGCUGCUUAAUUGGACCAUUCGAUGCAACAUCGACAUGGAGAACAUGAUGAAUAGCGUGGAGCGUAUAGAUGAGUAUUGUCACGUGGAUACAGAACCGGUGACGCUGUUUGAGCAUCACCAUGAGCGCUAUACUUUGCCCCAGUCACGUACGCUGCAACUGCGACCUCAUUGGCCUGAGCACGGAAGAAUUGAUUUCGUUAAUAUCUGUGUCAAGUACAAUCCAACUGGACCGCCGGUACUUGAUGGUAUCACGUUUACUGUAAAAGGCGGUGAGAAAGUUGGAAUCUGUGGACGUACAGGGGCUGGCAAGAGCUCACUCCUUCUCGCGCUUUUCCGGAUGGUAUCAUUUGACAGCGCAGAGGAGGGUGGCAACAUCUACAUUGAUGAAGUGUCUACGACUGCGCUGACUUUGACUGAGUUACGUUCACGUAUUGCUAUCAUUCCACAAGACCCUGUUCUUUUUGCAGCAAGUGUACGCUUCAAUCUAGAUCCCACAGGACUGGCCACUGAUACCGAAUUGUGGACUGCGAUUCGAAAAUCUCGUUUGGAAAGUUUGAUCAAGGGUUUAGCUGGUGGUUUAGAUGCUGAAAUUCUUGAAGGAGGUGACAAUUUCAGCGUGGGGGAGCGACAACUCAUCUGUUUAGCACGUGCUAUUCUACGUAACUCAAGAAUUCUGUGUCUGGAUGAGGCUACAGCUUCGGUGGAUCAUGCUACAGAUGAGUUUAUCCAGACAUCAAUCCGUAAGGAAUUUGCCAAUGCGACGGUGCUAACCAUUGCCCAUCGUGUGAAUACGAUUGUCGAUUACGACAAGAUUCUCGUACUCAAACAAGGUCAAAUUGUCGAAUUUGGGCCUCCAUCCGAGUUGCGACGCAAACCUAAUGGUGAAUUUGCUGGUAUGUUGCAAAAUUCAGGAUAG